AUGAUCGCCCAAACACUGCUGUAUGGCUUCCUUCUCUUUACUGCAGUUUUGGCUACGAAAACCAAAGAAGACACCCCGAAGGUCUUCAAUCUCGACACUGCAGUGAAAAAGUUCGUUAAAGUUUUUGAAGAAGUCUACCAAGUCAUCGUGAUCUGGACUGACACGACGUCGGAGCGUGAAGAAUUGAAACAAUGGGUCGCCACUAAAAAAUUUUAUCUAAAAGUGGACAUGGACCAUAUAAAACUGGGGAAGCCAAUACCAAGAAACACUAUCCGCACUCUUCUGUACGCCAAUCUCUAUGAAAACAAAGCGAAAAAAAACCAAACGUACACCGUCACGCACACUACCAUUCGCAAAGAAAAAACAUCUACCACAGUGAAACAAGGAUUCAGCGUUGGCCUUGAGGUGUCGGGAGGUGUCGGAUUUAAAGAUAAAUUUGGACUCAGUGCCACAGUCGGCACUAAGUACGAGAAAGAAACCGCCUCGACUGACACUCAGACGAAACUCAAGACCUUUGAAAUCGCCACGGGAGUCAACGUUUUUCCUAACAAGACCGUCGAAGUACUCUGGUACGCCAACACCGCCACAACAGAUAUUCCCUGGACCUGUAAUGUGACCAUUAGUGGAUACUUUGCUAUGAAGAUCGACCGAGCUCUGCAAGACACCAACAUUCUCAUCUUGCCAGCGACUUACCUCGCCCUUGCCAACAAGGAACUGCAAGUAGUAGGCGCCAGGCACGUGCACUUCCAAAUGUCUGGUGUAUUCACGAAAGUCAACGUGCCGGAGUCUGACAUCUACUCAAACGACGUGACAGACACUCUGAAGGGCAAAAUAAUGGAAACUGUUUGAA